AUGGGCAAAAUCCCAGAGUUAGCAAGCAGCCCGCGGCCGCCCGCGCGUGGAAAACAGCGCGGUUGGCUCGUGACGGGAACCGCUCUUUCGGCUCUGGUUCUUCUUUCGGGCUUCCCUGGAUUGACUUCAGCCCGGGGUCUCAGCUUGGCUUCCAGUACAGUCAAAGGCUUCGUCCCUCAGACCAGGGAGUCGGAAGGCAAGGGUUCUCCGUACGGCAAAUUCCCACUGGCCGAUGACCCAUUCCGCUUCCUGCCCUGCACCCCAACCACUCUGCCACCGCCACUCGAUGAUACCAACGCCGAGCAAACCUGGGCUUCUCACUUCGACCCCAACCCGGACCACUGGAGUUGGGGUGCUCCCAGCCAGCCGAAGAAUGGCACUGCCAGGGGCGACCCGUACGCGGGGCGUGGAAUUUUCCUUUGCGGCUACCUGGAAGUCCCGCUGGAUUACACCAACGAGGCAGAGGCCCGAAUCGUUCGUCUUGCUGUGACGAAAUUCCAGGUCUCGGGCCUAGCACGUGUCGGCGAGCCAGCCCACUCAUCGGCCGGCAAGAAGACCGAGAGGACGAUCGUUAUCGAGCCCGGCGGACCCGGUGGAAGCGGGACCUCGUACGCGUGGAGCGCGGCCCAGAACAUCACGGCCCGGUUCAGCGAUAGCAAGUUCGACGUCCUGGGCUGGGACCCGCGGGGAGUAAACGCCUCGCUUCCUGUUGUUGCGUGCUUCCCCCAGGACGCUACCCGGGACCGCUGGAGCCUCCUCACAUCGCUCCACUAUGCGGUAUCCGCAUCUCCCAGGGACCAGCUCGAGAUCGCUGAUGCUUAUAACGCCGCCAUGAUGCGCUCCUGCUGGGAACAGCUCGGCGACCUCCCCCGUUUUCUCGGCACCGGUAUGGUUGCCCGAGACCUGGAGCAGAUCCGGAUUGCGCUCGGAGAAGACAAGUUAUCUGGGUAUCUGGUCAGCUACGGCACGGGCAUUGGCCAGACGUAUGCCUCGAUGUUUCCGAACAGCGUUGGCCGCCUGAUCCUCGACGGCACCGAGUAUGUCAAAGACCAUCGCCUGCGGGGCGGGUUCGGGUGGACUGCGCUGGACAACACCACGGACGCCUACCAUGACGGGUUCCUAGGUGAGUGUAUCAAUGCUGGACCCGAGCGCUGCGCGCUUGCGAAGUCGAAGGAUGGCAAACCCGUCACCCUGCCGGCCCUUGAAGCCCGCAUGGACGCUCUGUUGGCGUCCCUCGCCGAACGCCCGGUCCCGGCAUACCUUCCGACCAGUGGGCCGUCGCUGGUAACCUACUCUUCCAUGGCCGAUAACAUCUACGGGGCGCUGUACAACGCUCAAAGCUGGCCCGCAAUGGCCCAGGUUCUGUAUGAGCUGGAGGACGGGAACGCCACUCUCGCGGCAGCGGCUAUCAACGACCAGUGGUGGUUCUACGACCCGACGACGCCUUGUUCACCCACCCCCGCUAGGCCCUCCGACCAGGAACUGGGCUACCUCGUCAUCUGCGCAGACUCGUACGACGCCCCAGGCACCGACGACCUGGACUGGUGGUUGUCGCUGUGGGGGAACAUGACAACCCAAUCAUGGGUGGCCGGCAACUCGCGGUUCUACGUCACCCUCCCCUGCCGCCACUUCCUGAAGUACUGGCCCGACCCGGUGGGCGUGUACCGCGGCGACCUCAACCACACGCUCAGCAACCCGGUGCUCCUCAUCGCCGAGACGUACGACCCGGCCACCCCGCUCCGCAACGGCAGGCGGCUGCUGCAGGAGAUGGGCAACAACGCGCGCCUGAUCGCCCACCAUGGUUAUGGCCAUUCGUCGAGGGACACGUCUAGCUGCACGGAUAGCAUUGCGAAGGCGUACAUGCUGAAUGGUACCCUGCCUGAGGAGCAGGAGACUGCUUGCUAUGCGGAUGAGAAGCCGUACUUGUAUGGUGUCAAGAAGAAUGUGACCACCUUGGCACGGCGAGAGGUGGGGGAUCCUCUUGGAGCUUGGAAGCAGCAUUUGACGGAGCUGUCCUUUAUGGACCCCAGACUGUGA